ACCAGUCAACAGAUGACGAGAGCCUUUUUUUGAAGCAACUUCAGACGGGAACAUUCAGAAAGAAGAGACCGAUAAAAUCACUUGGCUUUUGGGUCUGUUAAAUAUAAAAUGCCUUCUACUAGAAAACAAAUGAUGUUCCUUGUAGGUUCACUGGGCAGCUUGGCUGCUCUUUUGAUAGUGACUUCUUCUCUGGCUACACAAGAUUGGAUUGCAAGUGAAAUAGAUUGCAAGAACAACAGCGGCCCUGGGACUGGAAAAUUGGAAAUGAGCUUCGGACUUUUUACUGGCGAUGGGGAGCGAUCAUCAUGCCCAUAUUUUGCUGACAAAUUUACAAUCACAGUAUUAAAGGUAGUAAAUGAAGGAACCACUUCAGGACCCCUUCAUGCCUUAGUUGUCACCUUCUUGGCUGUCAGUAUCUUCUGUUCAUUGUGCAGUUUUGGGACUAGUGCAUACAAUGUCUUCAGCAACCCUUAUGAGACUUACUUAGGACCCAUAGGGGUUUAUGUGUGGAGCUCAAUAAGUGGUGUGCUUCUUUUACUCGCUAUCAUUUUCUUUGUGGCAAAUGCAGAGCUGAAUAAUUUGUCAUUGGAUGUAGCCAAGACAAGUGUAAUAGGGCUCCCUGAGAUCAAAGUCAAGAAGAAUGUGUUUGGGUAUUCUUACUACAUCCUUAUUGUUGCUGUGGUCUGUAAUGUGGUCUCUGUUGUUGUAAUCAGCAUUUACCAGCAUGCCAAAUACACAUAUACAAAGGAGCAACAGCGUCCCACAGAAAAUGCUCCCAAAGAAGUCAUGAUGUAUUAAGUAUGCAUUUGUUAAAAUAUCUUUCACCCAUCCACCUAAAAGGUGAUAUUAAUGACAAGCUUGGAUAUGCCUCACUAUCUUUUAAUUUACAGUAUACAGCCUAAUAUUUUGUAGCACCGUGUUUCAGAUGUAAGAAAACACUUGCAUCAUGCAGCAUCAUGAACUGAGUUUUUUUGAUCCAAAACUGCCUACUCUAAAAGUAAAUAGUCAGUGACGAGUAUUUAAAAACUUUUCUGUGAAGAACACUGUUGCAGGUGAACAACUGAGGCAUAAGGACAUCAUUUCAGAUAAUUGACUUGUAUUGGUGUAAACAAAUGCUGAUCUUUAAUAAUAGUGAGUUUGAGAAUCUGCUUGAUUUUCUUAUAUUUAUGCUUUACUAAAAAGUUUAAUGAGAAAACAUCAAGUCUUAUAAAUAGCAAAGUGAACAAUAAUCCUUGUCUCUUUAUCGAAUCUUUUUUCUUUAUAUCUGUUGCAUUGCAUUCCACUUUCUGUAAUAAACAGAGCCUAUAUCUUCAUAUCUUUCAUGACACUCCUUUUUGUAUUAAUAUCAACUUAUUAGCAAAUACCAGUUGUUUCUGUGUGUAUACAUUUCAAAAUAGAAAAAUAGAAAAGGGGUUCAAUGACAUCGUUGCAGGUCUCCAUAUUGUUGAAGAAGACAUCACCAGUGAUGAUAUUGGAUUAUGUAAAGAUGAUUCAAAGUCUAUUCAUUGAAAAUUGAUUUUAAACUUCUACAAAUCACAUCACUGUAUUGGCAUCAAAACUUAAAAAUAUAACUGCCUCAUCAUAGAAUUGACUUGAAAAAAUGUCUACCUUCAAGAAAACAGUUGACGUUACUAACACUACGGUGGAUAUUAUUCUACCAUAUUCCUAACAGGGACUUAGCAUGCUGUAACAAAUCAUAUUUCAUUCUGUUUUAUCAUGGCUUAUCUACAUCAAAGUUAGUAGCAAUAUGCAGGUGUACAAGAGCACUGAUUUUUCAAAAAUUUAGGGUUUUCCUUUGAUAAAAAUGUAGUGUCAUCUGUUAAUUUUAGAGUUAUUGUCUUGUAUACACAGAGCAAUAAUAUACCUACCUGAAAGUUUGCCCAGUACAGAGCAGGCCACCACUGUAUUUGUUUGAAGGCCCAAAUAUGUUGGCUAUGUACAGUAUAUUAUAACAACACAAAAUAAUAGAAGGUGGUGGUGAAUGAAACAGCUGAAUUUCCUUUUGUAAACAGUUUUCUGAAACUGAUGCUAAAUAGUGUUUCACAUGCAAUUUUACAAUUGCAAAAAUUACCAAAAAUGGAUUUUUGGAGUUUUAAAGAUUUGGGGAGGUUUAAAAGAAACUAACAUUACUUUGUAGCGGUUUUGCAACACAUACACUCCUUUUAGCAUAUUUUCCAGAAGAGGGUCCAGAUAAAAAUAAACAUGGAAAAACUGUUAUUUGGAAAUUCAGCAUGGCUUAACACAAGCUACAAAGAGACAAAAACUGUAAUCUGGCAACACAAUAAAGUUGUUAUCCAAGUUAGUUAAAUAGAAAUGUUGUAACAGAUGUUAUAGAUGAGAUUGCAAAACAUUGUGUAUGCUGAUAAUGGUGUCCUCCCAUCAUCCCCAGCUCUCUCUUGCUGCCUGAUGGGGAUUGUAAUUUCCAAUCAGCACUGGGUUUUAGAUUGUUCACUUCCAUUAUAACCUCUCAGGCCAUAUAGCCUAUAUUUUAAGUAGGACCAACGGCAAAACAUAUUCAAAAAUUUUUUGAAAAUCAGUGGACUUGUUUUGGCAUGACUGGCAAACAAACAAAUAAAUUAUGAUUUAUUUAUGUAGAUGUUAACCUUGUAUAAGAAGUAGCCUGCAUGGCUUGAUAUGGAAGUAUUUAUCAAGUAUAGAAAUAAAAAUAACACAACUGUAUAUAUAUAUAUUUACCAUGUUGUCUUUUCCUGUUUUGUCCAUGACUCAACACGCUUGAAAUAUGACUUGGUGUAUGCAGAUUUACUAGCAAACCAAAAAGAAAAGAAAAGAUUUUUUUUUAAUGUUGAAAAUUCUCUGGACCCCAAAGCUUUGAAUGCUUUCAUAGUCAAUCAACCAACAAAUCUAUAUUUUAUUUUGGGAUCAGCAGAAAAAGUAGCAGAAUUUUACAUUGCAAAGGAUAGCACUGCAGACUCACAGCAGCAGGUACUUGAGUUCAAAUACUAGCCCGGCCAUUUUAGAUAUAUAUAUUGUACAAGACAUCAGAGUAAUUGGUAAGAAAGUACAAAGUUCAAAUAGCAAGAAAUUUAAAUUAGACACAAGAUGUUUAACACUGCAUGUAGCCUUAAGGCCAGACGAUAAAUGUAAUAAAAGCAGUACUAGUGGAACAGUGACAGGGUCAGGAUAAGCUGUACAUAUUAAAGUGGUAUUAAAAUGUUUAGGCAGUGCUAAAGUGCUGCAUGAAAUGGUUGGUAGUCUUGAGGCACCUGAAGAUUUAACUAAGAGAAAAUGAAAAAACCUCAUUUCACAGCUUGGGAGUACGAACUGAGAAAGAGCAUUCAUUUGUAACCUGUCUUGUGAGGAAGUUAUGAGUUUGAUUUAUGCACAUUUUGGAUGUCAGAGUGAUUCCAUAAGAGUGAUCAUGCUCCAGUUGACUAUGAUCAAGCUCUGAUUUUGAACAUUCAGGUACUCUUUAUAGAUAGAGAGCACUCACGAUUAUAUUUUUUGCAGUAAUAGCACUUAGAGUUAGACAGAUCUGGAGUUCAGAUAGGAGAAAGUAAAUACCAGUGAGGCACAACAGUCAAUAGCUGUUAAGAGUCAAACUUUAUCUGCCUCUAUUCUUGCCAUUGCAUGAGAGGAAGUGGGACAAGAACUGAAAGGAAUAAAAUGUGUGUCUCGGUGUGAGUCACAACAUCACAAAAUAGCAAACAAGCAUCUGAGAAAAAUUGUAUAUAAAAUGGUAACUAUGCUACCUCGCUGUUAUCGCUAUAAUAAAUGACAGUGUGGUUUAGUGGCUAGGGAAAUGUAAAAGCUGAGUGGUUCACUUCUGUCAUUAAGCCACUGUGCAAACCUGUAAACCCAACUGAGCUCCAAAUGUUAAAAUAUACCUGUAUAUAUAAAUUCUGUAAAAAAUAAAAAAGAAUCUUAAGUCUGUAUGUUGCUUUACAUAAUUAUGUGAAAAUAAAAGUAAUGCAUGGUUUUUGAAUCUUGAAUUUAUUAUCUGCGUUCAAGUCGAUACAUUAUUCAUAUAAAUACCCUUCACACUCUUCAGAAAAAUCUAGUACAACAAAAAGUAACAUUUGCUUAAAUUAUGUAAUUUGUAUGUUUGUUUAUAUGGACAUUUGUUACAUUACUGUGAAAAAAACCUGGUGGCUAAGGAAAAAAUAGCCUGCAAAUCAUUGAGUAUGUGCUGACAUGACCUUUCUGACAUCCAUCGACUAAUUAAGACUCCUUUCUAUGUGUCUGUAAUGUCAGUGACCACCCCUGGAAUACGGACUGAAGGUUUUCUUGGUUUCAGAGCAUUGCUCACAGGACCAGUAGUAUACCACUUUUUCAACAAUUGCUGAAUUGUACAUAUCACAACAGUCAUCGCAGCAGGAUAUUAUUUCAUGAAUCACUGAUGUGUCAGUUUAAAAUCAUUUGCAGAAAUAUGCAACUGUGAAGUUAUGUACUGCCUAAUGAACAUAGCAUGUCUCCUCUUAAACAAAAUGUGUAUGGGGAUUUCCUGCUAGCUUCAUCUGACUAUGCUUGCUGCUGCUCUACGCCAGGGUGGGACUCCUCAUUGUGCGUGGGGCUAUUUUUCAGUGCACUGCCCUUUUUAAUUUAUGUGUUAAACAUAACAGUGGUUUUCAAAUCUUUUUGAUGUUGUGACCCACAUUUUCCCAAAUAAGUGUUUUUGCAACACACCAAGGUGUGGGUUCCCCCCUGGAUAAUCGAGCCUCAUUAUCAGAAUGGGUGGGGUUAUCCCCCUUGGUGAAUCGAGGACACUCGUUAGAGUGACAGGGGGAUCAAGCACAAUUGUCGGAAUGGUGACCUGCUGCGAUCCACUGUUGCGCCGAACAGAAACAAUAUUUGAUCACUCCUAUGAAAGUGCAUGUGAAAACAUUUAGCUUAAUUUUAUUAAGUUAUUUGAGAUCAGUAAAAUGACUUCAUGGACUUCUAUGAAAUAUUAAAUUCAAUGGAAAUUUGUUUUUAUGAGAAUUUGAUUUUUGUAAGAAAAUGACAUAUAUAUUUUUAAAGCAGAAAAAGGUAAACUUAAAAUGUCCAUGCAAACAAUAGAGUGCUAUUUAACUUAAUGUAUUCUACAUUGUAAUUGCUUGUUUUAUUUCUUUACUACUGUUAAGUAUAUUCCAAAUGAUUCUUGUAAAUGUAAUAAAGUCUUGUAAAACUUCUUGUAAAUGAAUAAAUAGUAUUAAAAAAUGAAGUACAGAGUGCUUGAAAGCAUGAACUGUUUUUUUAUGUUGUUUUUUGCCCUUUAGCAGUGACUGUUUCUUGACACUCCAGUGCUGGGGGAGAAAUGCUUGGUAAUCUGAGGAGAGCAAUGAUGGAAGAAGAUGUGAUAUUUAAUGUUGCAGAAAGCAAAAACUUAAAAAAAAAAAUUAUAGGAGUCAGAGCAGUAAUAUCUUGCUCAUCUUGGUAAAAAAAAUAAAAAUCCUUAAUUUUUACAAUGUACUGGAUAAGGAUCCUUAAAAAUAUAACAGGUAUUGCAUUCAC